CAGUGAAAGGGGAUGUAACGAGGCGGCGUUUCCUUCCCUGGCUACAUAGUCACCAACCCUGCACCGUGGCACUGAGCAGAGGCAAACACUCAGGUUUUGCCGUGCUUUUUUUUUUUUUUUUUUUUUUUUUUUAAAUCUCACGAGCCACGAUCGACGUGUCUGCUCUCAUUUCUUAGAGCAUGGCAGAUUACUUAAUCAGCGGCGGCACCGGCUACGUCCCGGAGGAUGGACUCUCGGCGCAGCAGCUCUUCUCCAUCGGCGAUGGCCUCACAUACAACAGAUGUGACCAACACUCGGACGGUCAAACGGCUGAAGAGCUAUGCUCUAAAGGAGAAGGGUUGACUUACAAUGACUUCCUGAUUCUGCCCGGCUUCAUCGACUUCACCUCAGACGAAGUGGAUUUAACAUCAGCGCUGACCAAGAAGAUCACAUUGAAGGCCCCUCUCAUCUCCUCCCCCAUGGACACCGUCACAGAGUCAGCAAUGGCAAUUGCAAUGGCGCUAAUGGGAGGCAUUGGCUUCAUCCACCACAACUGCACACCCGAAUUCCAAGCCAACGAGGUCCGCAAGGUCAAGAGGUUUGAGCAAGGUUUCAUCACAGACCCAGUGGUAAUGAGUCCGCACCAGACAGUCGGCGACGUGCUUGAAGCCAAAAUGCGCCACGGUUUCUCGGGCAUCCCCGUCACCGAAACGGGCAAAAUGGGCGGGAAACUGGUCGGCAUCGUCACCUCUAGAGAUAUCGACUUCCUGUCGGAGAAGGAUCACACCAAGCCCCUGGCGGAGGUAAUGACUAAGAGGGAGGAGCUGGUCGUCGCUCUGGCCGGUGUCACGCUAAAAGAAGCUAAUGACAUUCUGCAGCGCAGCAAAAAAGGCAAGCUCCCCAUCGUGAACGACAACGACGAGCUGGUGGCCAUCAUCGCCAGGACGGAUCUGAAGAAGAACCGAGACUACCCGCUGGCCUCCAAAGAUUCGCGCAAGCAGCUGCUCUGCGGCGCCGCCAUUGGCACCCGCGAUGACGACAAGUACAGGCUGGAACUUCUGGUGCAGGCGGGUGUGGAUGUGGUGGUGUUGGACUCGUCACAAGGCAACUCCGUAUUUCAGAUCAACAUGAUCAACUACAUCAAGCAGAAAUAUCCAGAAUUGCAAGUGGCGGGAGGAAACGUGGUAACAGCGGCGCAAGCCAAGAAUCUGAUCGAUGCCGGCGUGGACGCACUGCGAGUGGGUAUGGGCUGCGGCUCCAUCUGCAUCACGCAGGAAGUUAUGGCGUGCGGGCGGCCUCAGGGGACCUCGGUGUACAAGGUUGCUGAAUACGCGAGGCGCUUCGGCGUGCCGGUCAUUGCUGACGGCGGCAUUCAGACGGUGGGGCAUGUAGUCAAGGCACUCUCAUUGGGAGCGUCCACCGUCAUGAUGGGCUCCCUGCUGGCAGCGACCACCGAGGCUCCCGGCGAGUACUUCUUCUCGGACGGCGUGCGACUCAAAAAGUACCGCGGCAUGGGUUCUCUCGAUGCCAUGGAGAAAAACACCAGCAGCCAGAAACGUUACUUCAGUGAGGGCGACUCGGUGAAGGUGGCACAGGGCGUGUCAGGCUCCGUGCAGGACAAAGGUUCCAUCCACAAAUUUGUACCGUACCUCAUAGCAGGUAUCCAACAUGGCUGUCAGGACAUCGGCGCCAAGAGUCUCUCGGUUCUCCGCUCCAUGAUGUACUCCGGAGAGCUCAAGUUUGAGAAGAGAACCAUGUCGGCACAGGUGGAAGGAGGCGUUCAUGGACUUCAUUCUUACGAGAAGCGUCUUUACUGAGCUGCGGAUGGGCCACCGUACCACCUUAUUCAAAAAGAAAAAAAAAAAGAAAGUGACCAAACGUUUAAAAGACAAAAAAAAACCUCCCACCCACCAUCCUGUCCACCUCAAGCUCAUCUCCACCAACACAAAAAGCGCAAUCUUGGUUGGAAGGGGGGGGGUUUACACGCAACAAGUGGCACAUCAGGGUUUCCAGAUGUUUGUCGUCGUUUUUGCUUUUACGGGGCAAGCUCUCUUUGUUUACUUUGGAACCUCGGAGAGCCGCCUCCAAUCAGCACAGUCAAUCAUUCACGAGCCCAAAUAUCACACAACGGGACCAAAAAUUGAAUCUAAUCAGGUGUUUCCACGAGUAAGUUUGACGUCAAAGCUGUACAGUUUCUUCGAGGUUUUGGCUGGAGCGAUGAAGGCUUUUUGAUAUGCAUGUUCUUUUUCCACAAACCCAACGCGGUUGUUUUUUUUUUUUAUUCCGCUUUGUUGGACCUGCAUACGUACUGCCAAGUGUAUUUAUACGUCCUCUUUUUGCAACGUCAAAACCAAAAAAGGAACCAGCCUGUUACCUUGUGUUAUGCUUAUCCUGUGUUUUUUUUUAACGACUUGUCAUUUUUACCACAAAAUUGCCUUGGCAAGUAGACGGGACACCCUUACAAAACAACUUGCUGCGCUUGUAUCGCUGUGUUGUAUUGUGUUAAGUAUUUGAUGUGGCCUUAUACUAAGGCCAUCACCGUUUUUACCAAAAGUACUUCGCCCAGUGUUGGGUUGGCUUGACUAACAAAGUCUUGUAAUCGAAAGCGUAGAUGAAGAUAUAAGCUUAGCCCUCCCCACAUACAGACAGUAUGACAUGUUUUUUUUCUUAUUCUUUAUUGUCCAAAAUGGAGAAGACAACGUUUAUGAGCAUUUGGUUUCUGGGAGAUGACCUGGUUAUCAUUUAAAAAGCGCUGCAGACGGCAAACAGAAAAGCUGCUUUACUGUUCAAUUUGGUGAAAAGAAAUAAAGAAAGAUUAAACUUU